AUGAAAAUUCUCCCGAGUAUUACCUAUAGCAACUCAGACGUUUUAGAAGGUCUUUCGACUCGUCUUCGAAAGGGCGACCUUAGAAAAGAUCGGGAAAAUAAUGAAUCGACAGAUACGCUGGGUAAGAAACAAAGUCACCCCUUAGUCUCUAAGGCUUCCUACUCUAUGGUGUGGAUAGUUCUAAUUGAUACUUAUAAACUAUCCCGGAAAGGCCGCGAAAAGUCCACUAUAUUUGUGGAAGACUUAACUAUGGUCGUAGAAACGGCUAUUAGUACGACGAAGAAAAAAUUUGGAUAUAGUCGGUAUCGUAUCGAGCUUUGCCUUUUCCUAAUCUUGAUCGAAUUUAAAUUCGAAUACACAAAGGGGUUUCUUGGCUCUAAGGAUAAAAAUAUAUAUAUCUUGCUAGAGAUUAUAUUUGACCCUUCGCUUGUUCUUAGUCCCUAUAUCUUCUUGCUAGGGCUACUUUUUGCGGACUGUGCCUUUAAGAGAGUUAAUAGUGAGGAGGUCCUAAUAUCCGUAGGGCAGCUUCCUCGCUUAUAUAUUCGGGAUAGGUACAACGAGCUUCCAUUACUACUUGAUCUAGCCCUAGACGAUAUACUAGUUUUUCGCCUUCGAUAUAGGGCUAGAAAGGCGUUAGAUAAUAGCGGAGCUAUAAGUGACUCACUUCGUAACCUAAUCAUAUACCACGCCGAUAGUCGUACUUUUCUAAAGUACUACCUCGACCGAUGGAUUAACAAGAAUCUUCCUACCAUUAUCCGAGGUCUUAAUCUAGAUAACGAUAUUAUAUAUAUAGCUUGUCGAAUAAGCCGGACUAUUAACCCUAACCGCCCCUAA